CCGGUUCCUCAAUAUCUUAACAUGAUUCUGUUCCAUCUUCUCCUCUCAACAUCAAUUUAGACAGCCAACCGAGAACUCUGCCAUAAUACUUGCUCUCACUGAAAUAAUGUCUUUGAGUUCACCUCUCUCCCAAACAACAAUGACCAUCCUCUCUCACCACUCCGGCCCAUACUCCCCUCAAACCCGCCUCUCCCCCCGUCUUCGCCUCCUCGAAACAUAUUCCACAACCGUCGAAGCCGCUCCGAGCCAUCCUCUCUCGUCUACCCCCUCCACACGCUACUACCUCCCCACCGCAACCUUCCACAACACCAACGGCGUAACCUACCACACCUCAGAUGCUAUCUGGGAGUGGAUGAGUACCUUGUUUGCACCCCUGGAGUACAUUCACCACGACAACAUAUCGUUGAUUGAGAUCGAGCGAAAUGUAACAGACGCAGACACAGGAGAGAUGAGGAAACAAUGGGUGCUUUACAAUGAGGCGGUAAGGUGCCUGAGAAUGAAGGGACGGCGGAGUACAGGGCAAGAGGAGGUCAGGAUACCAAUUUUCAUGACUUUUGUCGUAGAGGAGGCAGCUGAGGAAGGCGUGGGGACAGAUGGGUUAGGGUUUAAGGAGGUGAGCAUAUGGUGGGAUGAGAAAGUGCUAAUGGAUGCUAUCAAGGGUGAGUAGAAGUGAGGUGCGAGAUGUUGUGGAACAAUUACGUGAAGCUAAGUCAAUGAAUAUUCGGUAAUGCUGAGAUUCUGAGCAUUCUGAUCUAUCAUGC